AUCCAGUGAUGACGAUGAACUCUGCGAGGUAGCAAGCAGCGAAGACCAAUGGAUCAGACAGGGGAAACGGAUACGAUGAAUGUCCUGUCCUGAAGAUGGACGACGAGGAAGGCUCAUCGAGUUCAGGCCCGAUGUCCUCCCUGAACAGUCUUUUCUCAUUCACAAGUCCAGCUGUGAAAAAACUCCUUGGGUGGAAGCAGGGAGACGAGGAGGAGAAGUGGGCGGAGAAGGCUGUUGAUUCUCUGGUGAAGAAGCUGAAGAAACGUAAAGGGGCAAUUGAGGAGUUGGAGAGGGCACUGAGUUGUCCUGGUACACCCAGCAAGUGUGUAACAAUUCCCAGGAGUCUCGAUGGUAGACUCCAGGUGUCACAUCGCAAGGGAUUGCCCCACGUGAUAUAUUGCAGAGUGUGGAGAUGGCCAGAUCUUCAGUCCCAUCACGAGCUAAAACCCCUGGAGCUGUGCCAAUAUCCCUUCUCGGCCAAGCAGAAGGAGGUCUGCAUCAAUCCCUAUCACUACAAACGCGUGGAGAGUCCUGUUUUGCCACCAGUUCUGGUACCAAGACACUCGGAAUUCGCACCUGGCCACUCACUGCUGCCCUUUCAGCAGCUUCCUGAGCCCACAAUGCCCCAUAAUGUCUCUUACUCCUCAAAUGGCUUUGGUAAUCAGUCAAGUGGAUCACCAUCAGCAGUUGGAAAUUCUGGGAACAGUAAUAGCUUGGGGCCCACAUCACCUAUGUCAUCGGUAACGUCAGUAGCCAGUCCUGGCAGCACUACAUCUCCCAAUCCUCAGAGCCCUUAUGGCACCAAUGGACUACCAGAGACACCUCCACCAGCUUAUUCACCACCUGAGGAUGGCUCUCAGACUGGACAAUCACCUCCUCCGGAUCCAAAUGCCAUGGACACUGGGGGAUCCACCGAAGUAGCACCUGUCUGCUACCAAGAACCACCCUAUUGGGCAUCUAUUGCUUAUUACGAACUCAACUGCAGGGUUGGCGAGGUUUUUCAUUGUCAGUCACACUCCAUCAUCGUCGAUGGCUUUACCAAUCCCAGUAAUAAUUCAGAUAGAUUCUGCCUCGGUCAGUUAUCCAAUGUCAAUAGAAAUUCUACUAUUGAAAACACCAGGAGACAUAUUGGAAAGGGAGUUCAUCUUUAUUAUGUGGGGGGUGAGGUCUAUGCCGAGUGCCUCUCUGAUUCAGCAAUAUUCGUUCAGUCCAGAAACUGCAAUCAUCAUCACGGCUUUCAUCCCAGCACUGUUUGCAAAAUUCCUCCUGGAUGUUCACUCAAGAUUUUCAAUAAUCAGGAGUUUGCACAAUUACUUUCACAGAGUGUUAAUCAUGGCUUCGAGGCUGUUUAUGAACUCACCAAGAUGUGCACUAUUAGAAUGUCAUUCGUAAAAGGAUGGGGUGCAGAAUACCACAGGCAAGACGUGACAUCCACUCCUUGCUGGAUAGAAGCUCAUCUCCAUGGCCCACUCCAGUGGCUGGAUAAAGUCCUCACCCAAAUGGGAUCACCGCACAACGCUAUAAGUUCUGUUUCAUAAACACCUGGGGUCGCGGGGCUUGUUAAAUGUUUGUUCAAUGAUAAAUACUAGAGUAGCCAUGUAGAUGCCGGCGCAACUCAAGAUUAUACAUCAGGGAAUUCCACGUCAACUCGUGCCCCAUCCCCAAUUAGAGGCAAUUACGAUAAUGAAGAAUGAUUUAAAAUUACCAUUCGAGGAGUCAUUUCCAAAUUUAAUUUCAGCGUUUCAUAUUUUUUAUUUGAUCAAACUCGGACAGAAGUUCAAUCAUUGAAUUGGAAAUAUAGGCUUCAAACAGAAGUGCACGAUUAUUUUGGAUUUGAAGGUCCUCAUGAUUUUUUAAAGAGGGAGAGAUGGGUAAUUAUAAUUGAUAGAUUAUUACAAUUUAAUUAGUCCCUGAAGAUAAAAAAAUGCACAAUAUUCACGAGUUAACGUGCCUCAUUAAAUUUAUUGCAAUAAGUGAGACUGAAACGUCACAUCAAUUUUAAUGGGAAAACGUAAUCGACUCGACUGGUGUUGACACGUGUAAACAAUUUAAUAGAGGAAUUAAUGCGUUUUUUUUUUAAAUCCUAUUGAGUUUUCAUUGUAAAUCCUGUCAUGAGUAUUAAAAAACUCGAUAACUCACGAAAUAAUUAAAUCCAAUAAAAGUAUCUCCAGAGUGCAAAUAUCCAGAGAAGAACAAUUUCAUAAGAAAAUUGUAGUCAAUACUGUUAAGCAAUGAUUAAUCAAUCCAGGAAAUUUAUUCCAUGGAAUUAUUUUUCAAAAGUCUAUGAAUAACAAGUAUCUAUUCCACGUUAUAAACCAUUAAUGUGCAAUGACUAAUCGUUCAAAAUUCAUUAAUUUUUUCGAUAAAAAUUAAUGAUAGUGUUUUAAUGUGAAGAAAGUGUCUUAAUGAAAGUAUUAGGAAUGUAAUUGGCAAAUGAUACUUAUAUUACUCCGUGAAUCUCACAAUUACAGCAGAUCGAUAACUCUUUAUUUCGGUAUUGACUGGUGAUUCGAUAAAAUUUAUUAUCGCUCGUUGGUCUCAUGUCCACCGGUUUUCCAAAUAAAUUUUGAGACUCAUGAUUUUUUCUCUCGCUUGACCGUCCAUAACUGGCAACAGUUUUUUUCUCGAAACUUGAUACAACUUAUUGAUAACUGCUUAAAUUAACCAUUUUGACAAUAUGUACAUGCGCCUUUGACAUACGUCACUGAUACCAUUUUAAUCUACAAUUUAUACUUUUGGUUCUUUGAUAGAAAUUAUUGUGUAAGGAUAAAUACAUUAUAUUUACAAAUAUUUACAAAUAUAUAAAUGAGGGGAUUGAGAAUGUCAUGGGAAAAUGAAGAAUAAAGAGUUUAAUCUCUCCGAGAGUUGGAGAAUAUUGGAAUCCAAGAAUAUUGGGAUCAUUGAAAUUUCUUCUUUAUGAAUGUUCUUCAUAUUUCAUUCGAGUCGAUAUUUGAAUGCACCCAUGACAUCCUCGACAAACUGAAUAUUUUCGAAAUAUUAUUAACGAAGGAAAUGAAAGAAUGAUAAAAAUAAAAAAUCAUAACGAUUAAGAAAUAAAGCCUGAUCUCAUGGUGAUCUUAAAAUUAUAGUUUUUAAUUACGCUGAAGUUCAUAAAUAUAUUCUGGAGAUUAUGAUGCCAUUACCACCAGCAAAGCGUUGGAAUCAAUGCUGUUAUUACUCACGAGAGUAAUUACCUGUGAAUAAUGCCUUGCUUUAUGUAUAUUACAAUUACAGGCCAAAAUGGGUAGUUAGGGUAUUACUUCGGUGUACGGUCAUUAGACUGAUCUUUAUGCAAGAUUUUUUCACUGCCACUCUUCAAAUAUAUUCCAACUAAAUUUUUUAGGAGUCCUACAAUUUUAACAUGCGAAUCAAAAACACUUGUGAUUAUUAUUCGAUUAAAAAUUCUAUAGCUAGAAAAAUUGUGAGCUGAUAACAAUAUAAUUGAUAUAAUAAUGAUUUGACAGUCGGUUCCUGAUUUUUUUUCAAUGACAGGCGUUCGAGUGAAAUAAUAAUUUUUUUAAAAUGAUUUAUCUAGAGUAUAUUGAGAGAGCCAAAUUUCUUGCAUAAUAAUCACUUUAAAAAACAUGUGUCUAGCGCUUGAGUGUGCUGUGUGCCUCGAUGGAGGAGAAAUUAAUGGAUGAAGAUGUUUAAUAAUGAAAACUGCAACAGCAGAAAUUAUUCGCCUUUAUGUGUGAUUAUUAUUCGGGUCUACAAGUGGGGUCAAUGGAGCAUUUCCUAUUUACUCGUACAAUAAUAAAUGUUUAAUUGAGUAUCACUGCCCGCUAAUUGUGUCCAAUUACCUGUGAUUUACGAUUAUUUCAAUGAAAAUACCCCAAAAAAAUUGAAGGUAAAAACAGGUAAAAAAGCACAAAAUAGAAAAAUUAUUGUGGAGUUGAUUGAUUUCUGUGGAAUUCGAUCAUUUAUCUGUGUUGCACGAAAAAAUGGAAAUUCGUAAAAUCCACUUUUUAUUAGGAUUCCUCACAGACAGGAUAUCUCCAGGACAUCCCAAUAUUUGGAAUUGGAUUCCAAUAUUUAAUUGUAUCCACUCUUUAAUGUGUAGCCCUCCACUUCACAGAUUCAUUCCUAAAAAAAAUCCAUUAUGCUCUGAUCCACUGGGAAAUACGAUUGAUUUUUUGUAUUGAAUACUGAGUAAAUGGAGAUAGAUCAUAGAAAGAGAUCCCGGAUGUUUGGUGUUACGAGUUUAUAAUGUGGAUUACCAUAAUGAACACUCCCACUUACCUGUGUAUAUUCCAACGUAAUUUUACGUCGAUAAUUUUAAUCUCAUUUUCACAAGCGCAAUUUCCACGGAAUUGUUUUUAUUUUUUAUCUCAUUGUUAUCUUUAUGUUUAUCACUGGAGUAAUGUAGCAGUUUAUAUUUUAAUGUGUAAGUUUCAUUAAAGGAAUGAUUCAUCAUCAUUUCAUUGAA